CCCGAUUUCCGCAGUGUGUCUGCUAGACUGCCACACAUGUUAUAAAUACCUCAUUUUCCUGCUGGCGACCACUUUCCUUCCUUGCCGCAACAUACACGGACUUAGAAAAUGGGACGACGACUUAUAAUCCUACUCAUCUACACAACUCAAGUACUUACGGAUCAAACAAAGCGAGAUGCGUCACACGUACCAACACGACAUACUGUCUCCGAAUUAUACAACAGGGUACCAAUCCCAGUUCCACAAGCAAUACCAAUUGCAAUACCGAGACCUGUACCAUAUCCAGUCCACAUAGGUGUACCAGUCGAUCAACCUCGCCCUGUACCUGUAGCGGUACCUCACCCAGUCGCCCACUUCGUACCACGUCCAGUAGCGGUACCUAUAGAUAGGCCAUUCCCGUAUCCAAUAGCUCAUCCUGUACCAGUGACGAUUACUCAAGGAGUGGGAAUACCAGUGCCACAACCGUAUGCAAUAAGUAUACCAGCCCCAGUACCUGUUAGGGUACCAUAUCCAGUACCAGUCCAUGCGCCAGUGGUGGCGCAUUACCCAGACUUGACGCAUCAAUCGGUCAGUCAACCUGUUGCGCAUAGCGCGGCUGGUGAGUCAAGUUAUGGUGACACUGUGGUGGAAUCUCAUGGGCAUGCUAUUCAACAUCCUUAUUAAUGAUAAUUGAAGUUUUUUUAGUAUUGACAUACCCAUUUCGUCAUUAAUGCGUAUAAAAUGUCUUUUUUUAUCGUUUAUUUUCUAAACAGUCCGAAGUAUACGUUGUUUCAUAUUAAUUUUAGAAACAUACUAUAGAAAGAAACAGGACUACAAUUUGAGACAAUAAUUUGUAAUAAUUUGUCACCAAUACAUUAAAAUUUCAAUAAAUAAUACGCAUACUCAAAAUAAUUAAUCAGUUCCGAGAAGUUACGGGAUUUUUAAAAGGUAAUGUUCACGUUAUUCUUCAGUUUAGUUAAAUUGACUCUC